CCAAAAGCCAACCUAUAGAGAGUGAAGAUACCCGGAUUGCGAGUACGAAGGCUUCAAGCUUGCAUCCUCCUCAUCCGCGGUUAAACGCCGGCGGUGAUAGCUAGUAUGAGUAUCGUUCAUUGGCCGCUGUAUCCUGGACCCCGUUCUAGAUGUUGGAUGAUACCGCUAUGAGAUCAUGGUAGCAUUUUUAUAAAUACCUGACUCUUUCCCACUCUCUCGUUCCUAUUUCACAAUCCCUAUUACCAUCAGUUGACUUUCUCUUGAAGCUUGCAUUCAGUGUUUUUUCCAUCUCUAGUACUACCACCGACUUCUACACUCAACUACAAUGGCUUUUGCACCUCCACCGCCGCCUAAGACCGCCCUGGGCUAUUAUCGCAUGCUGGCUCCCACUGCCUCUGUUAGAGUCAGCCCGUUGUGCCUCGGGGGCAUGAACUUUGGUGAUGCUUGGAAAGAUUUCAUGGGCGAAUGCGGCAAGGAGGAGACCGAGAAAAUUCUGGAUUACUUUUAUGAGUGUGGCGGGAACUUUAUCGAUACGUCGAACAACUAUCAGAAAGAAGAAUCCGAGAUAUGGAUUGGGGAGUGGAUGAAGAAGCGCGGCAUCCGUGAUCAGAUGGUGAUUGCAACGAAGUUUACCACAUGCUACAGAACUGGCUAUGGUGAAAAGGAGAUCAUCGUUAACGCUUCAGGAAACGGGACAAAGUCGCUACACUUGUCACUGGAAGCUAGCUUGAAGAAACUUCAGACCAGCUAUAUUGACUUGCUUUACGUUCACUGGUGGGACUUCACCUGCUCUAUCCCGGAGCUGAUGCAAUCUCUCAAUACUAUGGUGCUACAAGGGAAAGUGCUUUACUUGGGAGUAUCGGAUACACCUGCCUGGGUAGUUUCGAAAGCCAACGAAUAUGCCCGACAAAACGGCAUGCGUCAAUUCUCGGUUUACCAAGGGCGGUGGUCAGCCGAACAUCGGGAUUUCGAAAGGGACAUUAUUCCCAUGUGCAAGGAAGAAGGAAUGGGAUUAGCUCCCUGGGGCGCCUUGGGAGGCGGCAAUUUCAAGAGUGAUGAACAGAGACAGAGCCAAGAGGGCCGAAAGAUGGGAGAAGCAAGCCCAGCAGCAAUCAAGAUCUCCAAGGUCCUUGAAAGAAUCGCCAACAGCCACAAUGCCGAGAUUACCAGCGUCGCAUUGGCGUAUGUGAUGCAGAAAACACCUUACGUCUUUCCAAUCGUGGGUGGGCGUAAACUCGAACACUUGAAAGGCAAUAUCGCCGGGCUAAGCAUCGACUUGAGCGAGAAGGAUAUGGAGGAUAUUGAGGAAGCAAACCCCUUCGACAUUGGAUUUCCCAUGAACUUCCUGGGUGGACCUGGCGGCGUCAAGGAUCCAAAUGACGUUUGGCUGAUGUCGAUGGCUGGCAAACAGCAGCAUGUGCCGGCUCCUCAAGCAAUCAAGCCCGUCAAGGUGGGAAAAUAAGGUUUACGAGCUCCUCAAUGUCACUGUAUGCCGGAUGUUUGAAGAAAGAUAAUUUUGAAAUAUGAUUUUCGACCUGAUUUCACUGCUCUUUGUUCGAUGGAGCAGGAGACUCUUUCAGAUUUCUAUCAACAUGUAUAGCAGCUCAAUCCCUGCGCCUUGAGCGAAUUCACCAAGCGCCGCUGUAUGCGAAGAUACCUUAAUCCUGUUAAGUUGACUGCGAGCACUGUAACUCUUGCCUCAUUGUGGUUGACUAGGACCUUUUGCCACAGCUCGUCGGUGUUUUGCUAGUAACAGGAUGGGCAAAUACACGAAACUCUGAC